UAGCUGUGUCCGUGGGGGAGGGGUGCUUCUCUGCCCCGGCGCCCCUCCCCCAAUUCCGGGGAGGGGAGAGCUGGGGGAGGGCCGCCCCGGGGAGGAGGGAGGUUCCGGUGUCUCCAGCAUCCUACUGUAUGGCUGCGAGGCUGGAGGGAAGGCUCGCUUGGGCCCUCCCCCGGAGAUUCCCGGCUGGUCUCUCCGGGUCAGUUCCGCCGAGGCCUGGCCCGCCCACCUCUUUCCUGGGCCUGCGGGAUUUUAACUGGAGGCCGGGCUUCGCGGCCCAGACCUUCCCUGGGUCAUUAAUAAGGCAGGCACCGAUUGGGGGUAGUGCUGGAAGAGCCCCUACAGGGGUGAUGAUUUGUGGUCACUUUGCACAUAGUGUUUGUUUAUAACUGAGAUACCGUUGGCUAGGUAACCUGCCAACUAGGGACCUAGGCUAAGCGGAUGGGUGAUCGAGAGGCGAGGGUAUUUUGCAUUUUGGUUAUCCUGCAAUUCUCCUAUUCUUACUCCUCCUCAUCGUCACGACAGAAAGGCACACAUGGCAGGGAGAGCUGUGCAAGCAGGCAGAGAAGGAAGAUGCUGGGGAAGCAUUUCCCACGGGCUCAUUCACAAGUCAGAUAAAAGGCUAGAUGUUUAACAUGCAGGUGUCCAGUUUUCACUGUUCAGUUGAAUUUACUCGUCUGAAAGGAGACAAGUUUCGAUAAACUAUCACAAUUUUUUAAAACUCUGACUUGAAUACACCGUAAUGUAAACAUUAAGCAUAGCAAGCACAUAUCUACAAAACCCAGAGUUAUCCUUACCGGUGUGCCUAAGAUGAAAGUAUUUUAAUGUGAUGUUAACUAAGGUCGCAUACAUUUUAAGGACUUUUGAUAGGGAAGUGCUAAUAAUAUUCUGUUCAGUAGUGUAAUUAACAGUCUUAAAUGUUCACUUCUUAAAGUACCAGACUUACUACUGUGAUAAUCUGAACAAGACAAUACUUUAAAAAGCUCUUACAGUUUUGUUUUUUUUCCUCCGUCUCCCCCCCUUUCUUCCUCCCUCCCUCCUUCCCUCUAGAAUUGGCAUUUGGGAAGCUUAGCAAAGAGGCUAAAAGUUCGAUAAAAAUCACGUGAAUUAGACUCUCCGUAUUAGAGUAGAUAGCAGUGAUACAGGUCCAUGAGAGCAAGCAGUCUUUUGAAUACUGGAUUUUCUUUUCUUUUUGAUUGCUUCCUUUUACAAAUCAGAGCAAAGGACAUGGGAAUCUUUUCCUUUCACUUUAUGAAUAUAUAGCUGAUAAUUUGUGUCAAAUUGCAAAAUUUGGUUCGAAUCCACAGUACUCUAAAGUACCAGACUUAAUUACUGUGAUAAUCUGAACAAGGCAAUACUUUGAAAAGCUCUUAGUUUUAUUUGUUGUUGUUUUUUUUUUCUCCGUCCUUUAAAGUCUGGAAUAAAAAUUGAGGAUACUGUGUUCCAAUUUAUUGCUAAUAGUUUCAGAGCUCUUCAGGGGGAAAAAACCCCACAGCUCUAUGUAGCCUUUUUAUUUGCUACAUAUAGUGCUACAGCACUAAUAGAAUGUUAAAGUGGUUUGUUUUGUUUUUUAAGUGUGAAGAAAAUCCUGUUUCCUUACAGUUAUUUUUUUACCCUACCUGUUUUUGAUUGGUGUCUCUCUCGUGCGUGGGGGGCGGAGGGUCCCAGUGUGUAUCCUCCAUUCCCAGUCUUCCCCACCAUGUGGGAGAUAUAAUCAAGUGGUUUGCACUCUGUGGUUGGUCACAGUUGGGCACAGUGGAGUAGACAUGUUACGGUUUUUCAUUUCAGUAUUGACUUUAAGGAUGGGGGCCUGACAUAUCUGGCUAGCUUCAUGUUUCACCUCUUUUCUCAUCUAAUUUUUACAGUAACUUGAGAGUUGUAGUAGCAUUCCCAUUUUAGUGUAUGUAGCACUCUCCUCAUUUCCACACAUGGAUUUUGAAGAACUUGAAACAUCUUUUAACUCCUUUAUUUACUAAUAUGCUCAGACUUCACCAUGUUUGAAAAUGGGGUUGAUUUAAAAAUAGUAGCAGUACAGAAUCAGAAUUAAGGAAGGGAAAUCUAUUUUGAAGAAGAUUCGGAAGAAUAUACCGUUUUUGUUUUAAAAACAAAGUACAUAAUCCUGAUAGUUUUUUAUAAUGUUUGCUGAUGUAGUAAAAACUUGUUGUCUCAAGUAAGUACAUAGUAGGAAAUAGUUCAGAAUAUUUUUCCAUUAAAUCAUGUGUUGCAAAGUGCAAAAAUAAAAAAGGAAUCUGAGUUACAGGAUUAGGAGAAAAGGAUGUUUUGGAAUGUUUACCUACAGUGAAUUUGGCUUUUAAAGGCAUCUGUCCUUGGGCUGAGCCCAACAAAAUUUUCUCUGCCAAAUUUAAAGGUAUAUUUGAAGUAUUGUCAGGAAAUUCCAUUUACUUUAUAAGGCACCACAAUUUAGCUCUAAGCAUAAUGUUUAAAAUAUGAAAUACUUAGCUUUUAUGCCCUGCUAGUUCUCAGAUUUUUCAAGACUAAAAAACAAACAAGCCAGCAUUAGCUUGAAAACAGGAACGUGCCAGAAAUUUUAAUUAAGAGUAUAGGUUUUUAUUGCAAACUGGAUAAGUUUCAAUCUGAAAAUUCAUAGCCUUAUGCAGGAUAUGAGUCAUGAAUAGCCUGUACUGCCUCCCCCCUCUCCCCACACCAUUUCUCAAAGGGUUUUGUGGCCUCACCACCCCAUGUUCAAAUUCACUGUCAGGGAUCCUUUAUGUGGUAAAUUCCCCUUAAUUAUCAUGAGUGUUGAGGCUCAAAAAUUGAUAUUUAAUUGAUAUUUAAGUACCCCCAUGCUAGUUUUGUGGGAAAACUAGAAUUUCCAGUUAAGCAUCAUCAUUAUGAUGAAAGUUAAUCCCACGACCACGAAUGUCAGUUCUGAAAUGAUGAAAGCAAAUUUGUCCAGAUGGGAGAAUAAGACUCCCUAAGGGUCAGUGCUUGGUCUGAGGAGUUAAUUCUAGAAUUAUUGUCCUUGUAAGAUACUGGGUUUGUUGCUGCGUAGAGCUGGUGGCAUUUACUUGUUACGAUGGUUUAGAGUUCUCACCUCAGUGGAAAGGAUAUGAUGUGAUGUGUUGGUGUCUGUGCGUGACUUGAGGACCCUAGUCGCUUGCUGGAAUGCGGCAGUUUUAUGUGAUCUGCAUAGCUGUACCCUGUCCUUAAGAAUGCCACCGUAUGGAGGUCUUUAUGGUGGGGUUUUGUCUUUGAAAAGAGGGGAAAGAGAAGAGCAAUACGUGGUCCUCUCCUUUUAAAAUUGUAACUCGUUUGGAGAGGGCCCUUAGUAAUACAGGAACUUUUCAAAUGAUACAUAGAAAAUUCAAGAAUCUGUUAUGCAUCUGUUAUGCUCCAUGCGUCAGGAAAAUUACUGCAGUUUAAUUUUUGGAUUACCUUGGUUCAUAAACUCUUUACUCAUCUUUGGCCAUCUAAAUUCUUAGUGUUUUUUGUCCUUGGGAUCCUUUGGCUAUAAACCUUUUCAGGAUGCAGAUUUCCAGAGUCACUUUAACAUCCAAUACCUUUUCCUCUUUUGUGCCUUGUCUUUCACAUCAAAAGUAAGAUCCCAUUUGUUUUAUUCCAGGUUUAUAUUGAGAGUGUUCAUUUGCCUAACUACAGGACUUUUUAUAAUCUUUCUAGCUGUGUCUUGUAGGUAUUGGUUGGCAGAGACUAGUGGGAAAGGUACUGCAAAUAAUAAAAGUGUGUGAAUGUUUUUACGCUUUCUUUCGUGGUUUAGGAAAGGGAAUAUAUGUAAAGCAGCUGUAAAGCAUAACAUUUUUCUUUCACUUUUUUGUGUCAGGGAAAUCUGUCUCCUUUUUCUCUCCUGUUUCAGCUUUCCAGUGGGAGUUUUGAUUAAUUGUAACAAUUAGGCUAUGGUUUGUUUCUGCCUUGUGAAAAUCCCUUAAAGAUACAGCAAUCCUAGUGUUCUAAAGGAAGGAAGCCUUGUCUAGCCCAUCCUUGCCCUUCAUGGUUUAGAUCAGGGUUUCUCAUCCUAGACAUUAUUGAUAUUUUGGGAUGGAUAAUUAUUUGCCGUGAAGGACUGUCCUGUGUGUUGCAGGAUGUUUAGCAGCACCCCUGGCCUCUACCCAUUAGAGAUGCCGCUAUUGACAAACAGAAAUGUCUCCAGAUACUACCAAAUGCCCUUGGGGGGCAAAAAUCACCCUGGUUGAGAAUCUCUGAGUUAGAUCCCCUGAUAAACUGUCUUAAAACACUCUGUGCUUUUCCUUCUAGUGAUUCCUACAAUUUUAAAUAAUGAGUAUUAGCCUUUCCCACCAGAUUGUAAGUUCCAUGAAGACAGUGACCACGUCUUCAUUGCUUCAUAUCCUUGAUAUAUAACUAGUGCCUUAGUACAUAGUAUAUGCUCAAUAAAGAUGGAUGAUAUAAUAGGUAGCUAAAUGAUCUGGGGCAAAGCAGUUAACAUUUCUGGACCUAAGAUUUUCUUCUUUGCGAAAUAAGUGACUAAUUUGAGAUUGUUUUUAGGUUCUGUAUUAGCUGGAGGAUUCUUUGACUAAAUAUAAAAUUAAUAUUGUGAAGACUUACUAAUUAAAGUAUAAGCAUUACUUUGAAGGUCAUUUUGUGACACUGUAGGCGUAUAGGAAUUUAGAUGGGAAAUUUUAAAUCAAAACUCUGUUUAUGGUUUUUCACUUCUUACUAAAAGGGGAGAGUGGGGAGGGGGCUGUUCCAUUGAAAGUUUCAGUUAGAUUAAAUUCAUCAUAAGUUUUAUGUUAUGCUAUUUUCAAAUCAUAUUUGCUUUAUUGUUUUUCAUUUUAAGACAACAUAUGGUAAAAGUUUUUUUAACCAGUAUUCAAAAAAUUUAGGAGUUCCCGUCGUGGCUCAGUGGUUAACGAAUCUGACUAGGAACCAUGAGGUUUCGGGUUCGGUCCCUGGCCUUGCUCAGUGGGUUAAGGAUCUGGCGUUGCCAUGAGCUGUGGUGUAGGUUGCAGACGUGGCUCGGAUCCCAUGUUGCUGAGAUAUGCCAUGGGAGCGGCCCAAGAAAUGGCAAAAAGACAAAAAAAAAAAAAUUUAGAAUACAGGGAUAAUUGAGAUGGAUAAUAAUGAUUUUGGGGACUCCGCAUGAUUUGAAAGUGUUUUAGUCUUAAUCUUUCAAGAUUAAAUAUAAAAUUUUUUGGCAACAUUGAAAUUGAUGAGAUAUAUAUAGUUCAAUCAUUUUAUUCUAGUCUAGCAUUGAGUUUGUUACAGUAAUUUCUGUUGACAUUUGGGGGACAUCUGUAUUCCCUAGUCUUCUAACUAGUCAUAUUUUAUGAUCAUUUGUGCCUUUUUUUAGACGUGUAGUUGGCUUAGAAUUAGUGCUGAUACUGCUACUUGUACGUGGAAUGUGUCUUUCUAGGGCCAGUUUUGCUGUUACUGGACAACUUCUAACUCAUAAUGGUAUGAGAGAAUGUAAUCAACCUUGACCUUGAACACUGGCUGAGCUCCUGAACUCUUACAUGAGCUCAUUUUAUCUGGUUUUGUUUUCUCAACAUCUUUCUCUGCUCCUCUCUCUCAGGAUUGUGCCUCUACUCCUGCUUGUUACAGACUGCUUUUCCAGCAGCAUGGACACAAGAAGCAUAUUGUAUUCCCUGAAUGACUAUAAGCCACCCAUUUCUAAAGCAAAAAUGACCCAAAUUACUAAAGCAGCCAUCAAAGCUAUUAAGUUCUAUAAACAUGUGGUACAGAGUGUUGAGAAAUUCAUUCAGAAAUGUAAACCAGAAUACAAGGUACCUGGGCUUUACGUUAUUGACUCCAUUGUACGACAGUCUCGACAUCAGUUUGGUCAAGAAAAGGAUGUGUUCGCACCCAGAUUUAGUAAUAACAUCAUUAGCACUUUCCAGAAUUUAUAUCGUUGCCCUGGAGAUGACAAGAGUAAGAUAGUGAGAGUAUUAAACUUAUGGCAGAAAAAUAAUGUAUUUAAGAGCGAGAUUAUUCAACCUCUUUUGGACAUGGCAGCGGGCAUUCCCCCCCCAGUUGUCACACCUGUGCUGGCCAGUACUACUGCUGCCAUGAGCAACACCCCAGGAACUCCUGUGACACCUGUUACUCCAGCCAAUGUGGUCCAAGGUUUACCUGAUCCGUGGGUAUCUCAGAUAACAAAUACAGAUACACUUGCAGCUGUAGCUCAGAUCUUACAGAGUCCUCAAGGCCAACAGCUUCAGCAGUUAAUACAGACUUUACAGAUACAACAGCAGAAGCCUCAGCCUUCCAUCCUGCAAGCCCUGGAUGCUGGUCUUGUGGUCCAGCUGCAGGCUCUUACAGCACAGCUUACGGCAGCAGCUGCAGCAGCCAACACUCUUAAUCCCUUAGAACAGGGCGUGUCUUUUAACAAGAAGUUGAUGGAUAGGUUUGAUUUUGGGGAAGAUUCUGAGCAUAGUGAAGAACCCAAAAAGGAAAUUCCAACUUCUCAACUUUCUCAUGUUUCAGAAUCUGUGAACAAUUCCAUUUUUCAUCAGAUAGCAGAACAGCUACAGCAGCAAAACCUUGAACAUCUAAGACAGCAACUUCUGGAACAACAACAGCCUCAAAAGGCAACUCCUCAGGAUAGUCAAGAAGGAACAUUUGGGUCGGAGCAUUCUGCGUCACCAUCACAAGGAAGCAGUCAGCAGCAUUUCCUUGAACCUGAAGCAAAUUUAGAUGAUUCCAUAGAUAUUCAGCAACAGGAUAUGGAUAUAGAUGAAGGGCAAGAUGGAGUGGAAGAGGAGAGCUUCGAACAAGAAGCAAAGAAGGUGGCUGUUCGUUCAAGAUCAAGAACACAUUCACGAUCUCGUUCAAGAUCACCAAGAAAACGAAGGUCUAGGUCGCGAUCUGGUUCUCGAAAGCGGAAACACAGAAAGCGAUCGCGCUCCCGUUCUAGAGAAAGAAAGAGGAAAUCGUCACGUUCAUACUCCAGUGAAAGAAGAGCUAGAGAAAGGGAGAAGGAACGGCAGAAAAAGGGGUUACCGCCAAUUCGGUCCAAAACAUUAAGUGUGUGCAGUACUACUCUGUGGGUUGGUCAGGUAGACAAGAAGGCAACACAGCAGGACUUAACUAACCUGUUUGAAGAGUUUGGACAGAUCGAAUCCAUUAAUAUGAUUCCUCCCAGGGGCUGUGCUUAUGUCUGCAUGGUUCAUCGACAAGAUGCAUUUCGGGCUCUUCAGAAACUCAGUUCCGGAUCGUAUAAAAUUGGCUCCAAGGUCAUUAAGAUCGCUUGGGCUUUAAACAAAGGUGUAAAAACAGAAUACAAACAAUUCUGGGAUGUGGAUCUUGGAGUUACGUAUAUACCAUGGGAAAAAGUUAAAGUGGAUGACUUGGAAGGUUUUGCAGAAGGAGGCAUGAUUGAUCAGGAAACUGUAAAUACUGAGUGGGAAACUGUGAAAAGCUCAGAACCGGUUAAAGAGACGGUCCAGACGACUCAGAGCCCCCCUCCAGUUGAAAAGGAAACAGUGGUCACGACCCAGGCAGAGGUUUUCCCUCCGCCUGUUGCUAUGUUACAGAUUCCAGUAGCUCCAGCAGUGCCUGCAGUUAGUUUAGUCCCACCAGCAUUUCCUGUGUCAAUGCCAGUUCCUCCUCCUGGAUUCAGUCCAAUUCCUCCACCUCCUUUUCUCCGAGCAAGUUUUAACCCUUCACAACCACCUCCUGGUUUCAUGCCACCUCCAGUUCCACCACCUGUUGUACCACCACCUACUAUCCCACCAGUAGUACCAACAUCUUUAGUGCAGCCACCAUUAUCUAUGACUCCAGAAACUGUGAAAGAUGUUGGAUUUGGUAGCCUUGUUUUACCAGGUGGUUCUGUUGCCAGCAGUCUUGCUACUUCCACUCUGCCAGCCGGAAGUGUUUUUAAUCCUCCAACUAAACAAGCAGAGCCUGAAGAAAAAGUACCUCAUCUUUUAGACCACCAGAUUUCUUCUGGUGAAAACACCAGAUCAGUGAUUCCAAAUGAUAUUUCAAGCAACUCUGCAAUUUUAGGAGGACAGCCGCCAAAUGUGACAAGCAAUUCUGGGAUUCUGGGAGUCCAAAGACCAAAUGUAUCAAGUAAUAAUGAAAUCCUUGGAGUCCGGCCGUCUAAUGUUUCCAGUGGUUCUGGGAUUAUUGGACCCCAGCCACCAACUAUUCUAAAUAACUCUGGAAUUUUGGGAAUACAGCCACCAAGUGUGUCGAGUAGUUCUGGACUUUUGGGGGUGCUUCCCCCAAAUAUACCUAACAGUUCUGGACUCAUAGGAGUACAGCCACCCGGGGUUCCAAAUCCUGGACUGUUGGGAACACAGCCACCAGCUGGGCCUCAAAAUUUGCCCCCUUUGAAUCUUUCUAAUCAAAGGAUGCCUGCAAUGCCAAUCUUAGACAUUCGUCCAGGACUCAUACCACAGACUCCUGGGCCACGAUUCCCUUUAAUACAGCCUGGAAUUCCACCCCAGCGGGGACUCCCUCCCCCAUCAGUACUUGAUGCAGCUCUUCAUCCACCACCCCGUGGUCCUUUUCCUCCAGGGGAUAUUUUUAGUCCACCUGAAAGACCUUUUCUGGUUCCCGGAAGACAAAGUGUAGACAAUGUCAGUAAUCCAGAAAAAAGGAUACCGCUUGGAAAUGAUAAUAUUCAACAGGAAGGAGAUAGAGAUUACCGGUUUCCUCCCAUGGAAACCAGGGAAACCAUCAGUAGGCCGCCCCCGGUGGAUGUUAGGGAUGUGGUUGGACGGCCUGUAGAUCCGAGAGAAGGUCCUGGAAGGCCUCCGUUAGAUGGUAGAGAGCAUUUUGGAAGACCUCCUGUAGAUAUUAGAGAGAAUCUUGUGAGGCCAGGCAUAGAUCAUCUUGGUCGGAGAGACCACUUUGGCUUUACUCCAGAGAAGCCGUGGGGGCAUAGAGAUUUCGACGAGAGAGAGCAUCGGGUUCUGCCUGUCUAUGCGGGGCCGAAAGGCUUACAUGAAGAAAGAGGGAGAUUUCGGUCUGGAAACUAUCGGUUUGAUCCUAGAAGUGGUCCUUGGAACAGAGGAUUUGGACAAGAGGUUCACAGAGAUUUUGAUGACCGCAGAAGACCCUGGGAGAGGCAAAGGGACAGGGACGACAGAGAUUUUGAUUUCUGCAGAGAAAUGAAUGGAAAUCGGCUUGGACGAGAUAGAAUUCAGAACACCUGGGUCCCCCCACCUCAUGCUCGGGUUUUUGAUUUUUUUGAAGGGGCCACUUCGCAACGAAAAGGUGAUAAUGUGCCUCAGGUUAAUGGUGAAAAUACCGAGAGACAUGCUCAGCCACCACCUUUACCAGCACAGAGCGAUCCUGAACUUUAUGAAAAACUGACAUCUUCAAGUGAAAUAAGCAAGGAGAAGAGUGACACAGUUGCUGAUAUAGAAAGUGAACCAGUGGUAGAAAGCACAGAAACUGAGGGGACAUAAUCAUCACUCAGUAGGCAAGAUGAUGAAUGAAGUUCGGGCAGCUUCCUGUGUCCCAGGCCUUGUAGAAAUAAAUGAGACGUGCUUCACAUUUCCAAUGUGCAUCACCUCGGAUCUUUUUUAAGGAAGCGUUAAAAGGAACCCAGCGUUACCUAUUGAAGGCUCUGUGCUCUCAGGCAUUGUUUCUGAUUGAAUCCAGAGGUUGCAAGCAUGCCUCCCUGUAUUACCUGUUGGAGCAGGUUUAAUUUUAUAAAUUUUAAACACAAACUCUAUGAGUUUCUAGUUCAUAAUUGUUCUGUUUGAGGAUCCACUCAGAUGAACAGUAUUGCAUCUAUAAGAGAUAUGCGCUUCCACGGGACCAGAAUUUUGGGGAAUGUAAAAGGCAAGAAACUCCAGCUGUAGCGUCCUCGUGUACCGAGGGAUGAAAAGGAGAGAUUUGCAAGAAAACCCUUCAGGGGGAGAUGUCAUGUUGUGUUGGAACCACAGAUUGCUAGAACCACAGCUCUAGUAACCCAAGGCUCUUUGCCGUGAACACAGUAUGCAGACUGUAGUUCUUGACUGGUGGCUUUAAUCCAUGAUUGUUAGUCAUGUCCUCGGACACUCUCAAGUGUUGAAAGUCUUCAACUUGCAGUAGAAAGAAGAGAGAAAGAAAGGAAGGAAGGAAGGAAGGAAGCUUUGAGAAAAUCCAGGUUCAGUGCCGUCUUUUGAGACUCUCACUCCAGCCUUUGUGUCCUGUUCUUAGAAACAGCAGGUACCUGGUGGCGGGUGAGAAGCCUAGUGGGAGAGAAGGGAAGGGACCAAAAAAUGGGCAUAUCACAUUGUAUUGUAGACAUACUUUAUAAGUACGUUUCUUAUUUGCUUCUUAUUCAGGCAGAGAUUAUAAAAGUUUCAUGCAAGAAUCCAGACCAAGAUUUGUGUUUUGGCCGUGAUCAGAAUACCUGCAGGGAAAGGACACAAACCACAAAAACAAAAAACAAACAAACAAAAAGCCAACCUCGACUAUGAGCACUCUUUACACCUAAACCAAUAUUUUUAUCAUUCUUUUAUUUGUUUUGGCUCUGUCACAAAUUAAAGUGCUUGGAAUGCUGUAGUCUGUGGUCUCUUGAAAUUUAAUCAAUGAGAACCUAACACUUUCACAGUAUGCUGUCACUUUGGACUUUCAUAAUAAAAGUUGAAAUGAA